CUGAAGCAGGCUCCAGGUUCCCAGCUGUCAGCGCAGAGCCCCGCGGGGCUCAAACCCACCCACCUUGAGAUCAUAACCUGAGCUGAAGUCUGACGCUUAACCCACUGAGCCACCCAGGCGCCUCUCACUCCGUUCUAUAUUAACAAUUGGUAAGACAGACAGGCAGCCAUGAAACCCUUUAAGAAUGUAGCAACCAGCACAUAUGUGAACCUUAUCAAAACUAUGCUGGCUAUAGGUCAGCCUUGUGGGCUAAAGUUGAACAUAUUUUUGCUUCUAUCCCUCAUCAGGUGGAGUUGGGGACUUAAGAUAAUCUGCCUUCAAACACAAAGCUUUUCCUACUGUAAUGCAGCUGUUGUGAGCAGCUGCUGAAAUAAAAGAGCGUUGUGCUCUGCAACUCGGCCCUUUCCCAAGUACACCACUGAAGGGCGGUCAGGUUAGGACCGGGGAGUAGUAACAGCCUGUAAAGCAGGGUGAAAUCACCCAUGGCUCUUCCACUCUGCGCUUGCGCAGAGAAGGAAUUAAACUCCCCGGAAAGACGCCUGGGACUCUGAGUUUGCGCAGGUGCAGAGCUUCCUCAAGGUGUAACUGGGGCGACCCGGGCUCCUGCAACCUAAACACCCGGGGAGAAAGGAAGGUGUCAGAUGUGCAGUGGUGUGCAGGCGCGGGCACUUUUCUUGGGUGAAGGGUUGAGAGCCAACCCCAGGCGGCCAGCUGGGCUGAGAGCAGAGUAGGGUCAGGAUGGGCGAGGACGUGCUGACCACCCUGAAGAUCCUCAUCAUCGGCGAGAGUGGCGUGGGCAAGUCCAGGUGAGGCGAGCCUGCGGGCCGUGACGAGGGCAGCGGGUCUCUUGCUGCCUCCGUGGCCUGUCUGCUGGGCCGCGACGGGAACGGUAAAGGCGGUGGGCUAGGCUGGGGGCGGACUCCGCGGGUUCUCCCGGCCUCUGGGCCGCGGUCCUGCGGCCCCUGUCUGCCUGGCGCCCGCCCGGUUCUCGGCCUGUGCCAGGCCCGACUUGUGUGGGGCGCUUCUCCUCCCGUCGCGCUGAAUAAACAAUUCUGAGGGUCACCGCUCAGCCAACAGGUUUGCUGCCGAGGAGCCUAGGUCGUGGCGGUGGGUUUGGCCCGAGUGAGGCCGAGCGCGAAGCCGGGUCUCAGCCCCCGGAGUUGUGCGGCGGCGUGCCGCGGCGGCAUGCGACGGAAGCAUGCGGCAGCGGCGGCGGCGGCGUGCUACGGAGGCGUGCUGCGGUGGUGUGCGGCGGGGCAGAGGCGUGCGACGGAAGCACGCGGCGGCAGCGGCCUGCUGCGACGGUGUACGGCGGCGUGCGACGAAGGCGGGCGGUGGCGGCGACGAGGACGGUGGCGGCGACGAGGACGGUGGCUGCUGGCCAGAGAGGCGAACACCCCACAGAGGCUGCUGCGCACCUUCCAGAAGGAGGUGUGACUGUGUACGAAACAAAAUGUGGGCUGCAACCUUGGGAGUGAUUUCUGCUGCCUUGGCAGUGGUGAGCGGCUUUGGCCUGAUGUUGUACAUGGGGGUGCCGUUUGUGAUUAUAGUUGCAAAUUCACCAUUUCUUAUUCUAGGUUUUGGGGUUGAUGACAUGUUUAUAAUGAUUUCUGCCUGGCAGGAGACCAGCCUCAUGGGUAACAUCAAACAGCGGCUGUCCAGUGUCUAUUCCAAAGUGGCAGUGCAAUCACCACUAUCACCAACGUCCUGGCCUUCUAUACAGGGAUUAUGACCUCUUUCGGGUCCGUACAAUACUUUUUGCACUUAUACAGGAACAACCCUGCUCUUUUGUUAUUUUUAUAACAUCACCUGUUUUGGAGCAUUUAUGGCCCUGGAUGGUAAAAGAGAAGUAGUCUGUCUACGUUGGUUGAAAAAGCCAGAAACUCCUGACCAAAAGUGUUCUUCAUUUAAAAAGUCCUGCUGUGUCCCAUGUGAUUCUCUCCCAGAUGAACAAGAAACUGAUGUGCAUCCAAUGAAUUUGUUCUUCAGAGACUAUUUUGGCCCUUUUGUCACAAGCACUGAGUCCAAGUUUUUUGUAGUGCUUCUAUACAUUUUGUACAUCAUUAGUAGUAUAUAUGGGUGUUUCCAAGUGCAGGAAGGGUUAGACCUUUGAAAUUUGGCAAGUGACGAUUCCUACGUCACACCAUUUUUUAAAGUAGAAGAUUAUUUUUCGGAUUAUGGCCCCAGGGUUAUGGUUAUUGUUACUGAAACUCUUGACUACUGGAUAAAGAUGCUAGGCAAAAACUGGAAAAAUGUCUGGCAGAUUUGGAAAACAGUGACUAAGUAGAUAAAAAUGUUACAGAGUUUUGGUUACGAGAGUAUGUGCAAUAUAUGGAAAAUAGCAGGCAAGAUGUAAAUGAUAAGAAUAGUUUCAUAAACAGUUUGCCCAGUUUUUUAACAAAUUUUCCACUUUUUAUGUGUGAUAUUAAUAUUUCAUCUUCACAUGAAAUCAUUGCUUCCCGGGGCUUCGUUCAGACCAUCGGCGUUUCUUCUUCAACCAAUAAGAAGAUGACGUUAUUCCAGUUACGAAACAUAGCCGAAAAGUGUGAAAUUCCCCUAAUUACCCGGCAUUCAUAUAUUUUGAUGAGUUUGCCGCAAUAUUAGAAAACACUGUUCAAAAUGUCAUUGUUGCAUCCUCAGCUAUGUUCAUUGUUUCCUUAUUGUUCAUUCCUCAUCCACGGUGUUCCUUGUGGGUAACUUUUGCUAUUGCUUCUGUGAUUGUGGGAGUAACAGGGUUCAUGGCAUUCUGGAAUGUCAAUCUUGAUUCCAUAUCCAUGGUUAAUCUUGUCACUUGUAUAGGGUUUUCUUUCGAUUUUUCUGCACACAUUUCUUACGCAUUUUUUUCCAGUUACAAAGUGCAGUUUCAACAGUAAUAGGGGUGUGUGUUUUUAUCUGCAGCUAAAGCAUACAUCUUCAGGACAUUUUUUAAGAUUAUGUUUCUUGUUAUGGUAUUUGGGGCUGCUCAUGGCCUAAUUUUUAUUCCAGUAUUCUUAACCUUUUUUUGAAGGUUUGUUUGAACAUCCACUAACAAAUCAAUUCCUGCUUGCCACAAUCCAAUCUGGUAACAACACACUAUUUGAAAUAGUCAGUAAACUAAAAACAAAGGCA